AUGGAGACGGCAACGCCAUUCUCCCAGCCCGACCUGCGGCCACACGCGACCGGUCUUUCGUUUCUCUCGCAAUGGACAGAGAAGGAAAGCACCACAUGGCCCAAUCCCGAGCAGUCGGUCGGCCGCUACAUCGGCAAGGUCGGCAGGAUUUCGUGUUGGGAAGCGAAGGGUCCUGCACGGCAUGCAUUCAACGAGGUCGCGCCCAAAAUAAAAAACCACCUCGACCGCUUCAUCGAGCCCAUUUCCAGCUGGGUGACGUGGUCCAUCUACAUGCUAGGAAAGGUCCCGAGGAACGCCAGCCCCACAAUAAUAUUCUGCUGCGUGGUCGCUGCCCACCGCAAGGAAGUCCGCAAGGUCAUCAAGGAGAGCGGCCUCUUGGACGGCUAUCGCGGCCUGAAGACGGGCCACAUGCCCAAGGCCCCCGACUUUGAGCAACUCAUCCAGCUCGCAAACGCACACGAAUCAGCCAUCAAGGCCGAAAUCUUAAGAUUCGCCUCUCUGCCCAAAGCAAGCCCCUGUGGCGCCAGGUUCGCUGUCGGCGAGUCGGCUACGCAGGCCACGCUGGGAGGUGUCAUCCAGCUGGAGGACAAGUUCUACUACACCACAGCUGCACACGUCUUUCAGCCCAAAGGAAUACUGCCAUUAAACCCCCUUUCAGAGAGUGAUGACGAGAUCGACAUCGACGGUUUUAGCGACAUCGACGAAACAGAGAACGACAGGGGGGACAACGCUGAUGUCGACGAAUUCAGAGUCUUUGGGAACCGUGAGCGGCUGCGAGCACCGCCCAGGCAGAAUUUCAGAGAGAGCAGUCGCAAGAAUGCAGCUUCUUCCGAACCAAGCCCUAGUCAGAACUUGGGCCCCGUCUUCCUGUCGUCGUUGGACGCCCCGGCGUCUGACCUCGACUUUGCCCUGAUCGAGGUCACCGACGCCUUGCACGCCCGUCCGAACGAGAUCGCGGGACCUAGCCACCAGCCAUGCAACCCAGUCAAAGUCGCAUACGUCUCGGAAGAGCCCAAGGACGCAAGAGUCCUGAGCGCGACUUCACGCGGCGUGUUGACGGGUACCAUGUCAGGCACUCCGGUGUACAGUCGGGCUCCGAACAGCGCUCGAUUCCAGCAAGUCUUCAGUGUUGCCUUCGACUAUCCACUCGAGGUCGGAGACUGCGGCUCAUGGGUCGUGGACGCCGAGAGCGGCAGUUUGUAUGGCCACGUCGUUGCUGGGUCCCCAGACUCGGGCAACGCCGUCGUGGUACCUUUCCACCCUGUCUUCCAAGAAAUCGAAUGGCGCAGUGGCUUGACCCCAAACCUCCCCUUAACAGACGGCAAGCACGCAGACCCUCUGGUUGACACGAUGAGCUUUGCCAAAUCUCAGGAAACAUGGACAACACCCGAGCCGCCAAGUCCAACAAAGAACCAGGAACUGUUUGGCGACGAGUGGGCCAAGGACUUGAGGGUCCAAUUUGAGCAGCUUCUAAGAACCAAGAGGCUGGCUUCGCUGCCGGCGAAGGAAAAACGGACUGCAGAAAAACCUCAGAGCCGGGGUGAUUCUGUCGCUGGGAACACUUCACAAGCAGACAGUGCCAAGCGCGAAUACCAGCCGAUCCCGACGCCAUCUGAGUACACGCCACAAGCAGACAGUUCCAAGAGCAAAUACGAACCGAUCCCAGCGCCACCUAAACCAAGUGAGCGUUCGCAAAAGUUCCGGGCUCUACUACUGUCUCUAAGCGGGUUCCCCAUAGAGUGGGAGAACCCGGGCCUUCUGGACGAGGCGCUUGCCGUGGUGCCGCUUGACAGGAUCUAUGGGGAGGCUGAAGAAGAACGACAAGUGCUCCAGGUGCAGGCCGAGUCGUGCGGGGACGGCCGAAAGCCAGAAUGGGGUUACCAAGACUGCGUCAUCCGCGCCCUGCUGCGGUGGUUCAAGCGCAGCUUCUUUACAUGGGUGAACAACCCGCCAUGCCCAGUCUGCUUUUCGCCCACGAGAUCGGAGGGGUUUGCGACACCAACACCGGAAGAGCAGGCGUGCCAAGCCAGGCAGGUUGAACUCUACAGGUGCCUGACUUGUGGAUCUUUUGAACGCUUUCCUCGCUACGCUAGCGCGUGGAAGCUAUUGGUGACGAGGAGAGGGCGCGUUGGCGAGUGGGCCAACUGCUUCAGUAUGCUGUGCCGAGCGGUCGGGUCAAGGACCCGUUGGGUGUGGAACGCCGAGGACCAUGUCUGGACCGAAGUCUACUCGGAGUACCAGAAGAGAUGGAUCCACAUCGACGCGUGUGAGGAGGCGUGGGAUGACCCUCUUCUUUAUUCUGAACGUUGGGGCAAAAAGAUGAGCUACUGCAUCGCCUUCUCCCGUGAAGGUGCCGCCGACGUUACCAGACGAUAUGUGCGCUCAGAGCGAUUUGCAGAGAAGCGAGACCGCUGCCCGGAGGAUGCUCUGCUUUACUUCCUGGACGAAAUCAAAGCCCUCCGUCGAAAAGAUUUGUCCAAACCGGAGCGAUUUCAGCUUGAAAAUGGGGACGCCAGGGAGAAUUUUGAGCUGCGAAGAUACAUUGGCACAACCAUUGCCGAAGGCCUCGGCCGGUCUUUGUCGAAGAUACCAGAGCCCGAGCCAGUCCUUAACAGUGAGCUUUUGCGAUGGAAUACGGGCUUGGCCGGCGACUUUCCCGCCAGCGCUCAGGAGAGCCAGACCAGCAAGCCUCCUGACAGUGAUUGA